GAGCCGCAGUCUCGGGAGCGCCAAGGCGGUUUUUCAGUCAUCUUGGGCCAGCCGGUCCCGCGAACCCGGCGUCGUUGGACUGCACCCUGGGCGCGGACGUCCACGGGGCACGGGAGAGAGCCACAAUGCCGAUCAAUAAGUCAGAGAAGCCAGAAAGCUGUGAUAAUGUGAAGGUGGUUGUGAGGUGCCGACCCCUCAAUGAGAGAGAGAAGUCCAUGUGCUACAGACAGGCUGUCAGUGUGGAUGAGAUGAGGGGAACUAUCACUGUACAUAAGACCGAUUCUUCCAAUGAACCUCCAAAGACAUUUACUUUUGAUACAGUUUUUGGACCAGAGAGUAAACAACUUGAUGUUUAUAACUUAACUGCAAGGCCUAUUAUUGAUUCUGUUCUUGAAGGCUACAAUGGGACUAUUUUUGCAUAUGGACAAACUGGAACAGGCAAAACUUUUACUAUGGAAGGUGUUCGAGCUGUUCCUGAACUGAGAGGAAUCAUUCCAAAUUCAUUUGCUCAUAUAUUUGGUCAUAUUGCAAAAGCAGAGGGUGAUACAAGGUUUUUGGUUCGAGUGUCUUAUUUGGAAAUAUAUAAUGAAGAGGUUCGUGACCUCUUGGGCAAGGAUCAGACACAGAGGUUAGAGGUUAAAGAAAGACCUGAUGUGGGAGUUUAUAUCAAAGAUUUAUCAGCUUAUGUGGUAAAUAAUGCUGAUGAUAUGGACAGAAUUAUGACACUGGGCCACAAAAAUCGUUCUGUUGGUGCAACUAAUAUGAAUGAGCAUAGUUCCCGUUCCCAUGCCAUCUUUACAAUUACCAUAGAAUGCAGUGAAAAAGGCGUUGAUGGUAACAUGCACGUCAGGAUGGGGAAGCUCCAUCUUGUAGAUCUUGCUGGUUCAGAAAGACAGGCAAAAACUGGAGCUACUGGACAGCGCCUCAAGGAAGCUACAAAAAUCAAUCUUUCACUUUCCACCCUUGGUAAUGUAAUUUCUGCCUUGGUUGAUGGAAAAAGCACUCAUGUGCCUUACCGUAAUUCUAAAUUGACUCGUCUUCUUCAGGAUUCCUUAGGAGGAAAUUCAAAGACCAUGAUGUGUGCAAAUAUUGGGCCAGCAGAUUACAAUUAUGAUGAAACUAUUAGUACAUUACGGUACGCUAACCGUGCUAAGAAUAUUAAAAAUAAAGCUAGAAUUAAUGAAGAUCCAAAGGAUGCUUUACUUCGUCAAUUUCAGAAAGAAAUAGAAGAACUGAAAAAAAAGCUUGAGGAAGGGGAAGAAAUAUCAGGCUCUGAUAUCAGUGGGUCAGAAGAGGAUGAUGAUGAAGAGGGUGAGGUUGGAGAAGAUGGAGAGAAAAGGAAAAAAAGAAGGGAUCAAGCAGGUAAAAAGAAAGUUUCCCCUGAUAAGAUGGUUGAAAUGCAAGCAAAAAUUGAUGAAGAGAGAAAAGCACUUGAAACAAAGCUUGACAUGGAAGAAGAAGAAAGAAACAAGGCUAGGGCUGAAUUAGAGAAACGGGAAAAGGAUCUUCUUAAGGCCCAACAAGAGCAUCAGUCUUUGCUAGAGAAAUUAUCCGCACUGGAGAAGAAGGUAAUUGUUGGUGGUGUUGAUUUAUUGGCGAAAGCUGAGGAACAAGAGAAACUUCUUGAAGAAUCUAAUAUGGAACUGGAAGAAAGGAGGAAAAGAGCAGAGCAACUUCGAAGAGAAUUGGAGGAAAAAGAGCAAGAACGCUUGGAUAUUGAAGAAAAAUAUACCAGUUUGCAAGAGGAAGCACAGGGAAAGACCAAAAAAUUAAAGAAAGUUUGGACUAUGCUGAUGGCUGCAAAGUCAGAGAUGGCUGAUCUCCAACAAGAACAUCAGAGGGAAAUUGAAGGCCUAUUGGAGAACAUUCGACAACUUAGCCGGGAGCUUCGGCUUCAGAUGCUUGUUAUUGAUAACUUUAUACCUCAGGAUUACCAGGAAAUGAUUGAAAACUAUGUCCAUUGGAAUGAAGACAUAGGAGAAUGGCAGCUAAAAUGUGUUGCCUACACAGGAAAUAACAUGAGGAAGCAAACUCCAAUUCCUGAUAAAAAAGAGAAAGAUCCCUUUGAAGUGGACCUUUCCCACGUGUAUCUUGCCUACACCGAGGAGAGCCUGCGACAGUCCCUGAUGAAAUUGGAGAGGCCACGGACUUCAAAGGGGAAAGCAAGGCCAAAGACAGGGAGAAGAAAGCGUUCUGCAAAGCCUGAAACUGUAAUUGACUCUUUACUUCAGUAAAUGUUACAGACUUAAAGUCUCAAUAAAAAUAUCACUAUCGUCAUGCCUGGACAAAAUAUUUAAUUAAAACACUGAAGACUUUUGUGUAAUUUCAAGUAAUGAAAGCUGUAAGUCAUGGAGUGAGACUGGAAGUAGUAAUUUGUCUAAUAAUUUUUAGUCUAUAUAUGUCAAUAUAACAUUGAAAUUGCACAACUGGUAAUUGUUCAAAUAGUCAUAUUACUCUUCAUUUUAUACUAUGCAGGGAAGUUGGGGAGCAGCUCCUACUAUAGAGAGUUGCUGUCGAAAUGCAUUCAUAAAUCUGCUAGUAAUUUGCUCAACUCCUGUCUAUUUACAUAACUGGAUGUUCAAAAUGGAAUAAAAUGUAGGUCCUGUCUUGCACAUAGACAGCAGUUCUAAUUGUCCUGUUUUGCUGUUGUAUAUGAAUGUCUGAGCUGCGUAUCUAAGAAACGAUUCAAUCCUAACACCCGCCCGGCCUGUUUAAAUAUGUUCUCAUUUUUGUGUUAUCUUUAUUGCAUUUUAAGUAUUAGAUGACCUGUAGAAAAUUUAUAAUUUACAAGCAAUCUUUAGAAGUACACGUUGAAAAUAUGUUUGAACUGUACCUCUCUUGACCUUUUUUGCCAUUUAGAGUUUAAAUCAAAUAUACUUUUGUUCUGAUUUCAUGUUCUCUUAAAA